CGUCGUGGGCCGCGAUGAUGGCGGCCCUGUACCCGAGCACGGACCUCUCGGGCGUCUCCUCCUCCUCCCUGCCCUCCUCGCCGUCCUCCUCUUCGUCGCCCGGCGAAGUGAUGGCGCUGAAGGAUGUGCGGGAGGUGAAGGAGGAGAACACCUUGAAUGAGAAGCUGUUCUUGCUGGCGUGCGACAAGGGUGACUAUUAUAUGGUUAAAAAGAUUUUGGAGGAAAACAGUUCAGGUGACUUGAACAUAAAUUGCGUAGAUGUGCUUGGGAGAAAUGCUGUUACCAUAACUAUUGAAAACGAAAACUUGGAUAUACUACAGCUUCUUUUGGACUACGGUUGUCAGUCCGCAGAUGCACUUUUGGUGGCAAUCGACUCUGAAGUAGUGGGAGCUGUUGAUAUACUACUUAAUCAUCGACCAAAACGAUCAUCAAGACCAACUAUAGUAAAACUAAUGGAACGAAUUCAAAAUCCUGAGUAUUCAACAACUAUGGAUGUGGCACCUGUCAUUUUAGCUGCUCAUCGUAACAACUAUGAGAUUCUUACAAUGCUCUUAAAACAGGACGUGUCUCUGCCCAAGCCUCAUGCCGUUGGCUGUGAAUGCACCUUGUGUUCUGCAAAGAACAAAAAGGACAGCCUCCGACAUUCCAGGUUUCGUCUUGAUAUAUAUAGAUGUUUGGCGAGUCCAGCUCUCAUAAUGUUAACAGAAGAAGAUCCAAUUCUGAGAGCAUUUGAACUUAGUGCUGACUUAAAAGAACUCAGCCUUGUGGAGGUGGAAUUCAGGAAUGAUUACGAGGAAUUAGCCCGUCAAUGCAAAAUGUUUGCUAAAGAUUUGCUCGCACAAGCCCGGAAUUCACGUGAAUUGGAAGUCAUCCUGAACCACACAUCUAAUGAUGAACCACUUGACAAACGGGGACUACUAGAAGAAAGAAUGAAUUUAAGUCGUCUAAAACUUGCUAUCAAAUAUAACCAAAAGGAGUUUGUCUCCCAGUCUAACUGCCAGCAGUUCCUGAACACUGUUUGGUUUGGACAGAUGUCAGGUUACCGACGUAAGCCUACCUGUAAGAAGAUAAUGACUGUUUUGACAGUUGGCAUCUUUUGGCCAGUUUUGUCACUGUGUUAUUUGAUAGCUCCCAAGUCUCAAUUUGGUAGAAUCAUUCACACACCAUUUAUGAAGUUUAUUAUUCAUGGAGCCUCAUACUUCACAUUCCUGCUGUUACUAAAUCUAUACUCCCUUGUGUACAAUGAGGAUAAGAAAAACACAAUGGGGCCAGCCCUUGAGAGAAUAGACUAUCUGCUUAUACUGUGGAUUUUUGGGAUGAUUUGGUCAGACAUUAAAAGACUCUGGUAUGAGGGACUGGAAGACUUCUUAGAAGAGUCUCGUAAUCAACUCAGUUUUGUCAUGAAUUCCCUCUAUUUGGCAACUUUUGCUCUCAAAGUGGUAGCUCACAAUAAGUUUCAUGACUUUGCUGAUAGAAAGGACUGGGAUGCAUUCCAUCCUACACUAGUUGCAGAAGGGCUUUUUGCAUUUGCAAAUGUUCUGAGUUAUCUUCGCCUCUUCUUUAUGUAUACAACCAGCUCUAUCUUGGGUCCAUUGCAGAUUUCAAUGGGACAGAUGUUACAAGAUUUUGGAAAAUUUCUUGGGAUGUUUCUUCUUGUUUUGUUUUCUUUCACAAUUGGACUGACUCAACUCUACGAUAAAGGCUAUACUCCAAAGGAACAGAAGGACUGUGUAGGCAUCUUUUGUGAACAGCAGAGCAAUGAUACCUUCCACUCGUUCAUCGGCACGUGCUUUGCUUUGUUCUGGUACAUCUUCUCCCUAGCACAUGUAGCCAUCUUUGUGACAAGGUUCAGCUAUGGAGAAGAGCUGCAGUCUUUUGUUGGCGCUGUCAUUGUUGGCACUUACAACGUCGUGGUGGUGAUCGUGCUGACAAAGCUGUUGGUAGCGAUGCUGCAUAAAAGCUUCCAGCUGAUAGCAAAUCAUGAAGACAAAGAAUGGAAAUUUGCUCGAGCAAAGCUGUGGCUUAGCUACUUUGAUGAUAAAUGUACACUGCCCCCACCUUUCAACAUUAUCCCUUCACCAAAGACUAUUUGCUACAUGAUUAGUAGCCUCAGUAAGUGGAUUUGCUCUCACACAUCAAAAGGCAAGGUCAAACGGCAAAACAGUUUGAAGGAGUGGAGAAAUCUGAAACAAAAGAGAGAUGAAAACUACCAGAAGGUGAUGUGCUGCCUGGUGCAUCGCUACUUGACUUCCAUGCGACAGAAGAUGCAGAGCACAGAUCAGGCAACUGUGGAAAAUCUGAAUGAACUGCGCCAAGAUUUGUCAAAAUUCCGAAAUGAAAUAAGGGAUUUGCUUGGCUUUCGGACUUCGAAGUAUGCCAUGUUUUAUCCAAGAAAUUAAUCAUUUUCUAAAUAUUCAAUAACAAAUCUAAAAGACAUUUCCAUAACUUACAAUUAAAUUAGUAAGAUAUAUAUUGAAAUAAAUAAUUAUGUAAAAGCCAUCCUUUAAAAUAUUUGUAGCAUAAAAUAUGUAAAAUAUGUAUAUAGAGUUAGUUUUUUAAAACCUGUCUGUGGCUUUUUGUAGAAGCAAAACAGGUUAAACAGAUUUUUGUUAGCAUGCUACUUGGUUUUCUUAAUUGGUCAGUGUUUUUUUUUUAUGUUUAAGAGAGGUAGCUGUCAAUGUGCACAUUUCACAAAAGGUUUUAAAAAAUGAAGGUCAGCAAAUAUGGGCUGAUUUCCUACUAUAAGAUAUACUUGAAAUAUAGAACUCAUAGGUUUUAAAACUUCUGUUUUAGGAGCUCACUCACUUGUGGCUCAGUAUUUGUUGUUUAGGAAUAUAUUAUCUAAAAUAAUGGUCUAUUUUUAUUUUGUUGUAAUCCUAAGUAACAAAGGAAAGUCUGUAGUGGGUAUUAAAAUCUGUACCUGUCAAUCUAAGUUCACUUCAUUUUUUGUUACUGUAAUAUAUUUACUUUUACAUGGUUAUAAUCAUUUUAUAUUUUUAAUUAUUUUCACUUACUAGCAUUUUAUAUAUACUCCCAUGUACUUAGGUAAUCAUAAAUUUUUAUAGAAGUAUGUCACUUUUGAAACAUAUAGCCAAUAGACAUUUUUACUUUUUAGCCAUAGAUUAUCUGCUUUAUUUAUGAAUUUGAAAAGUUACUUCUAAGCAUUUGGUUGUGCCUAACUUGUCCUUCUAGUUUUUCAAGUUAGAGUGAAAUUCAUAAUUGUAAGAAGAAAGAUCCUUCUUUACGGUGUGUGCUCAAAGCCUUGAGUAUGGAAAGCAUGGAGAGGCCCUUUAGUGAGAGGGUUUGUUUUACGUUUGAAUCAAGGUUCUUGAGCUCCUCUCCCAAAGUAUUUUUCACAGGAUUUAACACAGAUUCUAUAAAAAUGAUUCCUUGCUUGCUGCUUAAAAUGAAAGUAACUGUUUUUUAAAAUUGGAUUAUAAAAUAUGUAUUUAAGCUUUACAGUGUUCACAUAAGGAAAGUAGCUAAAAUUUUUUUACAGGCUAUUACUUAUGUGCUUGCAGUAUUUCCAGUUAAGAAGUAUGUAACGAUCUUCUUAACUGAUGCCAGGUGGUGGGCCACAGGGUGCAGGUAGCCCUUGGUCUACAAGCACCGCCCAUCCAGGGAUCGUUGUCUAACUAUGUUAAUGCUUUGUGUCAUCUAGCUUUUCACUUUUUGUCUUUAAUUUUCAAGGUCUAAAUGUUCCUUCUUUAGGACAAAUUCUUAUAAAAUGUUUAUUGUAAAGUUAUAUAUUUUGUCUACAAUGGAAUUAUGCACUUCCCAUUUGGGAUUUUACAUCAGGAUUUUUAGUCAUUUAAAAAAUACAUAAUUAUUAA